CGGGAUUCCAAAUUUAACAGAGCCCAAAAAGCUUCUCCCCAUUUGAGCGGCGAUCCGAUUGUGACUCUCUCUUUCUCAUUCUCUCUCGUUUUUUCUCGUUUUCUUUCUCCAGAAAAUUUUGAUAGAAAGUAGACAAAAAAACUUAAUAAGAAGAUCAUCAUCAUCAUCAUCGUUCAAUAUCUUCAUCAGCACGAUAUCUGUCUCUUUCCUUUUCUCUCACUCUUCUCAUUAAUUUGUUUCUUGAUUAUUUUACAUGGGUGUCGUAAUUUUCCCGGUACUAAUAUUGUUUUUAAUUUCGCUUCCCACCGUUACGCGAAUAGUUAUUGCGACGAGAUUUAGGUUUUUUAUGAAUCUUAUUUGUUUCCCUUUUUUUUUUUGAAUUUAUUCUGUAGAUUUACUCCACUGUAACCAGCUGCGUUUUUGUUUCCGCCUCUCAAUUCCAGUGAAACCAAAGGAUCUAGACAAUGGAGAAGAAGAAGUAUCCAAUUGGACCAGAGCAUUAUACUCUCUACGAGUUUAUUGGACAAGGUGUUAGUGCUCUAGUGCAUCGUGCUUUGUGCAUUCCGUUUGAUGAAGUCGUUGCUAUUAAGAUUCUUGAUUUUGAACGCGAUAACUGCGAUCUGAACAACAUCUCUCGUGAAGCGCAGACGAUGAUGCUUGUUGAUCAUCCCAAUGUGUUGAAGUCACAUUGUUCCUUUGUUAGUGAUCACAAUUUGUGGGUCAUCAUGCCAUACAUGUCUGGUGGUUCUUGUCUUCACAUUCUAAAAGCUGCAUAUCCUGAUGGUUUUGAAGAAGCUAUUAUAGCUACUAUAUUGCGUGAAGCUUUGAAGGGAUUAGACUAUCUCCAUCAGCAUGGCCACAUUCAUCGCGAUGUCAAAGCUGGGAAUAUAUUGCUUGGUGCUCGAGGUGCAGUCAAGUUGGGAGACUUUGGUGUAUCUGCCUGUCUCUUUGAUUCAGGUGAUAGGCAACGGACAAGGAACACAUUUGUUGGAACACCUUGCUGGAUGGCACCUGAAGUCAUGGAGCAGCUACAUGGUUAUGACUUCAAGGCUGAUAUUUGGUCGUUUGGUAUAACUGGGCUAGAGCUUGCUCAUGGUCACGCUCCUUUCUCUAAAUAUCCACCAAUGAAGGUUCUGCUUAUGACGUUGCAAAAUGCACCACCAGGGCUGGAUUACGAAAGAGAUAAGAAGUUUUCCAGGUCUUUCAAGCAGAUGAUCGCCAGUUGUCUAGUUAAAGACCCUUCCAAACGCCCGUCUGCAAAAAAGUUGUUAAAGCACUCCUUUUUCAAGCAAGCAAGAUCAAGCGAUUACAUUGCACGAAAACUUCUGGAUGGGUUACCAGAUCUUGUUAAUCGUGUUCAGGCAAUAAAGAGAAAGGAAGAAGAUAUGCUUGCACAAGAGAAAAUGGCAGAUGGAGAAAAGGAAGAAUUGUCCCAGAAUGAAUAUAAGAGAGGUAUCAGCGGGUGGAAUUUCAAUCUUGAUGAUAUGAAAGCCCAGGCUUCAUUGAUCCAGGACAUGGACUGUGGCUUUUCGGACAGUUUAUCGGGAAGUGCAACUUCGUUGCAGGCUCUAGAUUCACAGGAUACACAAUCGGAGAUUCAGGAGGAUACUGGUCAAAUAACUAAUAAGUAUCUCCAACCUCUGAUUCACCGAAGUCUAAGUAUCGCGAGGGAUAAAUCUGAUGAUGAUUCAAGUCUUGCCAGCCCCAGUUAUGAUAGCUACGUAUAUUCCUCCCCCCGUCAUGAGGAUUUAUCUUUAAACAAUACACAUGUUGGUAGUACGCAUGCAAACAAUGGGAAACCAACGGAUGCCACAUCAAUCCCAACCAAUCAACCAACAGAGAUUAUAGCAGGGAGCUCUGUUUUGGCAGAUGGAAAUGGUGCUCCCAAUAAAGGAGAGAGUGAUAAAACUCAAGAACAGCUUCAAAACGGGUCAAACUGCAAUGGGACACAUCCUACAGUGGGAGGAGAUGACGUACCAACGGAGAUGGCUGUUAAACCACCCAAAGCAGCAUCAAGCCUAGAUGAAUCUGAUGACAAAUCAAAGCCGCCAGUUGUGCAGCAAAGAGGGCGUUUUAAAGUAACUUCUGAAAAUCUCGACAUCGAGAAGGUGGUGGCGCCUUCGCCAAUACUGCAAAAGAGUCACAGCAUGCAGGUGCUCUGCCAACAUUCCUCUGCUUCUCUACCUCACUCUGAUGUCACAUUGCCAAACCUAACCAGCUCAUAUGUUUACCCGCUGGUGUAUCCAGUUCUGCAAACUAAUAUUUUGGAAAGGGAUAACAUUUUGCAUAUGAUGAAAGUACUCACCAACAGAGAGUUGACAGAUGGACGUGCAGUUGAACAAGGAAGUAUACAACAACCUACUGUGCCCCCAACUGAGAAAUCCAUGCUUGAAGCAGCACACGAAAGAGAGAAAGAACUGCUCCAUGACAUAACCGACCUGCAAUGGAGGCUCAUUUGUGCAGAAGAAGAGCUUCAGAAAUACAAAACCGAACACGCCCAAGUUUGAUUUCCUAAGAAGCCUGAGAAGAUAUGUGCUUAAGUAAAGAAGUUUGAUUUCAUCAUCAACAAUAAGUAUUUUUAAUAAGAUAAUACAUCUAAUGAAGGUAAGAUUUGCUUUCAGAUGUUUUGUCAUUUGAUUCAUAAAAUACAUCACUCCCUAGUCCCUACUAUCAUUCUGUGUUAUCUUUUUUUUUUUUUUUUUUAGUUUUUUAGGUUUGUUUAAGGAAUAUGUAUUAUGUACCAUGGUAGCUAUUUAUAACCAUGGUUACAUAAGGAUUUGUGUAAUAUUGAUGAUACAAAAAGCGUUAUUGAGAAACAUUUUCGUGAGAUGGUGAUUAAAAACAUAGCAUCUUGAUAAACUAAUGGGGUGUAUGUGUUUUUGGAUGCGUGUGAAUGAAUGCAUCUCUCUCUCUCAACAAGUCAGUGGGACAACUAAAACUUGUCGUCGUGUCGCAUUGGCCAGCACACAAUCCGUGAAUUCUAUUACAGUCAUAAUUGCUUCUCUU